ACUGUCCAUGUUUCUCACUUCAUCAGCUUGCUCCUAGCAGUACUUAUCUUCUUCACUUGUUGUCUGUCAGUUCUUACCUUCUUCGCCUUACUGGUUUCUCGAUCGUUCCUAAUUAGAGUAGCUCUUGUGUGCGUGCCAUACUGCGUCCCCCACAAUAGCUGCCGACGACCUAACCUGCCUGCCACCACGCGCGCGCGCAAGGCCGCAAGCACAAACCCUACAUCUCAAAGCCAUGGACGCGCCGCGGCCUCGGUCGCCUCCUCCUCUCUUCAUGCCAACCACGCCUCCCCCACCACCACCGCCACCGCCACCGCUAUCCUCCUCGCCCUCCCCCGACUUCUCCUUCUCCUUCUCCCCGUUCCCUCCCUCGCCUCCUCCUUUCCACGUCCUUCCGCUCCCGGCCGCCGCCGACAUGUCCCGGACACCGCUCGGCCGCGUCGGCAGCGACAUUAGCCACAACAACUACGCCAAAUCCAGCCACCGUCAAGCCACGAGCCACAGCAGUAGCAGCUGCGAUGACAGGGACAGGGCCAAGGCCAGGGCGUCGCCUUUCUUCUCCGGCCUCGGCGUCGGCGGCGCGUGGAGAUCAGGCGGGAGCAGAGACGGCACGGCCGGCAAGGCCGAGGAGGACAGGAGGAAGGCGAAGGGGAAGAGAGGGCCGCUGGAGGUGGGCCAGCGGGUGAAGAAGUACAUGGCGUCGCUGGUGGAGCAGCUGCUCGCCUCCUUCUCCAGGCACGGCGAGCGGGACCGGCGGGGGCAGCGGCGGAGGCCGCACACGUUCUCGGCGAGCGGGCCGGGCGCCGCCGCGACGAUGGAGCGGGAGCGGCGGAGGCAAGGGCGCGGGCGGCUGUCGUCGGCGCCGGCGUCGCUGCGCGCGUCUCCGGUGAACAGCGGCCACCUGUCGGUGGGCGGGUCGCUGGUGAAGGUGUCGACGUCGUCGGAGGAGAGCACGAUGGAGGAGCUGCAGAGCGCCAUCCAGGCCGCCAUCGCGCACUGCAAGAACUCCAUCGCCGUGGCCAAGCAGUAGUAGUGUACGCAGACGGCCGGGGCACAGGAAGGCUAGUGUAAAUGGUAGGGUGGCGGCGUGGCGUGGCGUGCGUCAUUGCACAUACGCUCCCGACGACGACGAUCGCCAUGCAUGCGUGCGUAUUGCUUCCGAAACAGAAUUUCUCGGAUGUGAAUUUCAGUCGGUUCCAUACUUGUUACUUACUUCUUCUCAGAUUUUCUUGCUUGGGACUGUAAAGAUGUAAACACUUUAUACUAUGGAAAUUAGCCAAGUAGGUAGUGAUUAGUGAGCAUGUACUUGGCUUUGCAAGAUUUUUCUCACUAAUAUUUCCGUCGAAAGCUUAUUACUC